ACUCCGUGACGUAAUACGACAGCAUCUAAGUCGUAUUUUACAAACGAUAUAAAAACGUGUGCUUCAUUUUAAAUGAAAUCGGCCAGCUGAGAGGUCGUCAAAUAAGUUGACCUUUACGUUGUUAAAUUCAUUUGAAAUCUCAAGUUUGCAAAGCGGUUAUAUUAUAAAAAUAUUAUAUAAAAAAAAAGAUUAAACGAAGAUGUCGAUCAUUUCAAAUGUGCAACGGGGAUUCGAUUACAUAUUCGAUGAUUUGGGAGAUCCACGAGUGAAGGAUUGGUGGUUGAUGAAGAGCCCGUGGCCGGUACUCACUGUGCUGGGAGCGUAUUUGUAUUUCUGCAGCUACAAGGGACCUCAGUACAUGAAAGACAAGAAACCAUACAGACUGAAAAAUGUUUUAAUUGUUUACAACAUCGUGCAGAUUGCUUUGAGCGUUUACUUAACUUAUACGGGUUUAGUUUACAUCUACAAAACAAGCUAUAGAUUUACCUGUCAAGAUAUAAAUUAUUCAAACGAUCCGGAGAAUUUGAGGUGGGCAUCCAGUGUAUAUUUGUACUUCAUAGCGAAGAUCACUGAACUCUUGGACACCGUGUUCUUCGUGCUUCGAAAAAAGCAAAAUCAAGUCACCUUUCUACAUUUAUACCAUCACACUUUAAUGCCGUUGCUUUCUUGGUACGGCACUAAAUAUUACGCUGGAGGCCAAGCUAUUCCUGAAGGAACAGUAAACUCAUUCAUUCAUGUUAUCAUGUAUGGUUAUUACUUGGUAGCCGGUCUGGGACCGCAGUACCAGAAGUACUUGUGGUGGAAGAAGCAUCUCACCUCAAUGCAGCUCAUUCAAUUCUGCCUCGUCUUGUAUCUGAAUGUCGUUGGACUGUUCUCUCAGAACUGCAAUUACCCGAAAUCACUGAACGUCAUUGUGGUGACAAACUGCUUGGCCUUCCUAUACAUGUUCGGAAGGUUUUACUACAACAGUUACGUCAAAAACAAUCGUGGAAAAUCUGAAGUUGAAAUAAAAGAAAGCUAAUAAGGAUCAACGAAUAUAAAAUGUCUUUAUCGCUCAAUAACCUGCAAGUUAUCCGAGAUUUCUAUCUAUAGCUAGCGGUGGAUGUCGACUAAAGACAAUACAUUCCUGUGAUGUUUAUCAAGUAUCCUAUUCAAAACUCACCCGCGCAUUAAAGUUUUGUGUAAUAUUACCGAGUAUCUGUGAAGUCAAUUGGGAAUUACAGCAUUAAAAAUAUUAGUAUUGGAAUUAUCCGAAAUUGUUUUAAAUUUAAAUGUAAUGUAGUAGUAAUCACAAUUUUUUCACAAUCACAAAAUUUAGCAAUUAAAUGCAAUUAAAUGUAUUUAAAGCAUUUUUAAUAAAAAGCAUAAAAAUCGUGGAUGCGUUUAAUAUUUUGUAAACGCAUUCCUGUUUGAGAUUCUAAGAUAUUUCUGAUCGUUUUUAUAUCAACUUUCAAUUUUAAAAUACAUAAUACCGGGACGCUCUCGAUUCUAAGCGAAUGUUUCGAAUUCAAAUGUGUAAUAGAUUAAACUACUAUUUGCAAUUUCUGAUAAAUACAGAAUUAGAUUUACUUUUGCAAAUUAAAUUGGAAAUAAGUUUUUAUUUAUUGCUAAGAUGGGCAGACAAGCUCACUGCCCAUCUGGUGAUAAGUGGUUACGGUAGGUGGAAACGCACGACAAAAAUAGGCAGGGUGGCGAUACUCAUCCGUGCGAGCUCACAAGGUGCUCUAAAACACUGGUGUUAAUUACUGAUUAAACAAAUUAAAAUUU